CAUUCGUCAGCCAGAGAGCCUCGGAGGUGUGGGGCGGCGAGCAGGAGAAGAAGCAGCAGCUGGCAGCGAUGUGCGAAGAUCUCGGAGAACUACAUUUUUGACCUUAUCUCCUCAAACUGGAAUUCAAGGGUCCAGCGAUGGAUUUUCCUCGAUAAGUUUUUCUUUCUUCACUAUGAUCAUAUCCAGAAUGGCGGCACAUCCCAUCGCCAUGGGAUGACUGUUCAUAGAGUCUGAGGCCAUCAGUAUUUUUGCUGAAAUGUCCUACAGGGACCAAAUAUCCUAAACUCCAGUUAACAGCCUCUACGCUGGCCACUUUCAGUGUCUCACAUCAGCAAAGUCAAACAGCUAUGGGCUUCUGUUCGCCUGUGUGCAAGAUUUUGCGCAGGGCAAAGUAUUUUGUGUUGCUCUUUCUCUCGCUGUCUGUGCUGGCAUGGAUUGCAACCUUUUCUGGGGAAACGGUGAAAACCCCUCAGGAGACCUCAGCCACUAUAGAAACAAUUUUCAAAGGAGACAGCCUGAGGGAUAAACUCAACUCUUGGACAACAACACCUGAUCGUGCAAAUACUCCAACACCAAAAGGCAAAUGCCUUAAGGAAUCACCUUUGCUACAGGGAUCUGUGAAGCUGUCAUUUGAGUCCUCUCUCAAACUGAAGGACGUGGAGAGUGAGAACGACGCGGUGGCCGAGGGAGAGUACGAGCCUCCGGGCUGCGUGGCGAGGCAGAGCGUAGCGAUCCUCAUCCCUCAUCGCAACCGCGAGAGACACCUCCUCUACCUCUUGCACCACCUGCACCCCUUCCUGCAGAGGCAGCAACUACAUUACGCCAUUUAUAUAAUCCAGCAGGCUGGUGUUAAAACCUUUAACCGGGCCAAGUUAUUAAAUGCUGGGUAUUUGGAGGCACUGAAGGACUACAACUGGGACUGUUUUAUCUUCCAUGAUGUGGACCUGGUUCCUGAAAAUGAUCACAAUUUAUACGUCUGUGACAACCAGCCCAAACACUUGGUGGUUGGUCGGAAUGCCACAGGAUAUAAGUUACGUUACAAAGGCUACUUCGGAGGAGUCACAGCCAUGACCAAAGAACAGUUUCUAAAAGUGAACGGAUUCUCAAACACUUACUGGGGUUGGGGGGGAGAGGACGAUGAUCUUCGCAUCAGGGUGGAGCUGCAGAAAAUGACGAUAGUGAGGCCGCCCACUGAUGUAGGUCGUUAUACCAUGGUGUUCCACAAACGGGAUAGUGGCAAUGAAAUAAACAAGGACAGGAUGAGGCUGUUAGGACGAACACGGCAGGUUUGGAGAAAGGACGGACUCAACAGCUGCUCAUAUAAGACUUUGUCAGUGGAGAGGCUGCCUCUUUAUGUGAAUGUCACUGUGGACAUUGGUAAGCCAUAGAGUUAAGAUUUUCAACUGGAAGACCUACUGUGACCAAAAAUAAUAUUUUAUGAUAUUUUAUACACUCCUCCAGGCCUCUGAGUGCAGAACAUCUGAUGCAAUUUUAAAACACAAUCAACACACAAAAUGCACACAGUUUCAGUUCACAUAUUAGUGGUAACCACAUUUGUUGGUUCAUCUUUUCACAAUAACGUUGCAUAUCAUGCUGCUUCCAUUCCUUCAUAUUAUAACCGGACUUUCUUCGUUAUGAGUCGGAGCAUCCUGCAAACAUUGAAUACAAAUACAGAUAUCUAGAUAUUCCUGGUAUUUAUAUAUUGCUGUAGCAAACUUUGAUUAAUUCAUCCAUUUGCCUUAUUAUUUGCCUUUCUGAUGUAUAUCACAGCGUGAAACAUGCUGAUAUGUUGUGUCUAAAGUCCUGUGACGCUGUGUGUAUUUUGUGCACUUUAUUCUCUGGAUACAUUGAAAUGUUGAAGUCCCUACAGUCAAAAGUGGUGUGACCUAUUUUCCUGAGCCAAUAACCGAACACCAGUGCUUUUUUGCAGAGCCUGUAAGAAUGUUGAUUUCUAAGUUUGAUUCGUAGCUCAGCAGAGAUGAUUUAUUUCAAAUUGACAUGUUCACGUCUAACUGUAGAAACGGUGUUAUCUGAGGUAAAGUUACCUAUGGAUCAACUGACAAGGAUCACGUUCAUUAAAGCUACACAAUUUGAGUUUUGGCCACCAGAUGGCAGAAGGACCAACUAGCAGCCACAUUAGCAAUACUUCUAAUCUAGUAAACAUGCACUUUCAACUUUUUUAGUUUUACAGUGUUGAAGCAUAAAAAAUGCAAUCAGGCUUUUGCUUGAGAUCAAUGAACAUAAAUAAAAAUGUUUAAACUGUCCAGAUUAAAAAAAUACAUGACUUAAUCUUAAUUAGCUUCAAAUUAUCCUCAUCUGUAUUUUUAGAUUUCUGGAGUCUAGUCAUAGUGGACAAACUGAAAUUCAAGAAAUCUUAAUAAUGCAAAAUAUUCAGAGUCCUCCUCAUCUAAAGCUUGGCAGUAUUAAUAUAUUAUACAGUGCCAAUUAAAUUGUGCAGCUUAUCAUUGAGAACAGAUACUCGAGCAGCAAAAGCAAUAAUAAUAUAAGGUGAACAUAUCCAGUGAUAUUCAGCUGAAUAUAUUGAAAAAAGUUAUCGGUAUCACAAGGUAGGUUAUAUUCACAGCGGACAUUUGUAAGAAACCACACAGAACACCAAGCUGAAUCCGGCUCACUUCCAGCCUCUCUAAUGUUAUCUAUCGUCUGCUGUGAUAAAGGUCCGUCAAAGACAAAAGUAAUUCUCCUCCGCCUGCCUGCUCAAAAAAAUAAACCUCAAUCAUCAUAUUUUCCGAGCAUCACUUACUAAAAGAACAUCCAUCUUUGCAUGUUUUGAUCCAUGGUAGGGCCAUUAUGAUGAGAUGGUUAAUUAUACUGCAUGUCUUAUUUGGUACAAGGCCUUAAAUGCUUGAAUUUCAAGCAGAUAUUAAUGGGUGGGGGAUUCUCAAUUUAUUAGUCAAAAUGCUAUUGUUUUUAAUGAUAGUUGUUAUGUAUUUUUACCAUCACAUGUGAAGACAUUUCGUUGAAGAAUUAUCUGGACACUCAUGCUCUGAUCACUGCAUGUUGUGUCUGAUACACGCAUAUCAAAUCUGUUAAUCACUAAUAUGUAUUUUUAACCUAGUGUAGCUACUGGUAUGUAACAACUGCAUUAUGUUUUUACUUUUUUUUAUCUGAGACUGAGCAAUAUUAAUGACCUGGUUACAGUUUACUUGAGCCACCUGUUAAAUUUCAUAUUCCUUCCUUUUCAACUAGAGCUUCAUAGCAACUACAGCUGCUCUAAUUCAUAAUUACACACAGAGACAUGUUCUGUUUGUGUGAGUAUUGCUGUUUCUAUGAAUUGAACAGCUCAUAUAUCUGCAGUGUGGUGUUGGGGUCGUUGUACAUUUCAAGUAUUAGAAAGUAGCCUGAUAGUCUUCAUUUCACAGUAAACAAAUGCUUUCUUUUCUACUUGUUCACAACUUUUGUAAGUGAAAAUAUUCUCAUGUGCACAAGUUAAAACUACAACUUCCUUUGUAAAAUGAUCACAACUAAGCAAGUUCGUGGUAGUGAUGUAGCAUCAAGCAUUCCACUGACAUUUCAAUUUUUUUUAUAAUUUAUAUAAAUAAUUGUAUGAAAUUCAAAUGGAUGCCAUAUUAACUGUUUGAGAAUUUCAUUUGAUUGAUUUUGAACAUUUGAAUGUAUGUGGAUCUUUGGAUGAUGUGACAUGUUCUGUUUGUGUUGAAGAGAGAACAUUGAUCAUGACAGGUGGAGAUUAUGCAUUACACUCCCAAUAGGAUUAUUUUCUCUUUAGCGCAGAUUUAAUAAAUGGUCUAGUAUUUUUUCUUA